GAUGCCUCUCUUUGAACAGACGCUUCCGAUCGACGCCGCCGCCGUCGCCGCCAUCGUCGCGACGCACUAUGGCCUCUCGCUCGGCGCGCGCAUUAAGGCCUCGCAGAACCACACGUUCCACGCGGUCGACGAGGCAACCGGCGCCAAGUACGCAGUGCGCGUGACGCCCGACCCGACCGGCCGCCACGUCCAGCGCAUCCGCGACGAGCUCACGUUCGUCUCGUACGUCGCCGCCGCCGGCCUCGACCACGUCUGCGCGCCAGUGUCGCCCCAGGCGCCUUCGCCGUCGCACCCGCUCUCGGUCGAAGUCGACGGCCUCGUGCUUGCGGUCUUUCAUUGGGCGAAAGGAUCACCGGUGGACUUCAUGGCGUGGCAAUGGAUGCUGGACGCGUCGGUCGUCAAGGCGUGGGGCGCCUUCUUUGGCCACCUCCAUGUCUUGAGCCAGCGCUUUGGCCACGAGCACCCGGACGUCGCGCGGCGGAUUCAGCGCUACGACGCGAUCCACGACGGCGUCCUCGCCGGCGCGCCGCUGGACGCCCUCGAUGUCGGCCUCGAAGCGGACCCGUUGGCCUUUGGCGUCAUCCACGGCGACCUCAACUGCUCCAAUUUCUUCCUUACAAACGCCAAGACGCUCUCGGUGUUUGAUUGGGACCAGACCAUGCGCGGCUGGUACUUGUACGACCUCGCGCAAGCGCUCUUUGGGCCCAUCAUGCUCGCGGGUGCCGGUGUCCCGAUCGCUGGCACGCCCGUGCCCGAGGCCAACCCAGCGCAGUACCAAGCGUGGAUGCUCGAAGGCUACGCCAGCGUCCGCGGCCCGCUCUCGGCGACCGACCUCGCGCACCUGGAGCGCAUGGUCGCCCUCAAGAGUACGUUUUAUGAACGUUUUUGUCGCCGAGCGCUGGCCGAAGGCGACGUCCCGCCCGACAUGGCGCCCUUCAUUACAUACAUUGUUCGGUGGUUUGACAAAAUGGCGGCGACCAACGAGGCGACCAACCAAGUGCCUACGCAAUAACACCUUAAUGUUCCUCUGCUUUCUGGA